AUGAAGCAACAAACACAGGUUCAUCAGCACAGUAUUGUGCUUGUAACUUCAGGAUAUGAUAGAACAAUCAGGUUCUGGGAGGCUUUGAGCAGUAUUUGUCUGAGAACAAUUCAACAUUCUGAUUCCCAAGUAAAUCGACUCUGUAUUUCUCCAGAUAAAAGACUUCUUGCAGCAGCAGGAAAUCAUCAUGUACGUUUAUAUGAUAUUCAAACAGCAACACCAAAUCCAAUUGUAACGCUGGACGGACAUACAUCAAAUGUAACAGCAGUUGCAUUUCACUGUGAUGGAAAAUGGAUUGUAACAAGUGGUGAGGAUGGAACUGUUAAGCUAUGGGAUCCACGUUCUUCGUCUGUGCAACGUAACCUAAAACACGGUGCAGCCGUCCAUGAUGUAGUGAUCCAUCCAAAUCAAGGUGAUCUUGUAAGCUGUGAUCAGCAGGGUAGCGUCCGUCUGUGGGAUUUGCGAGAAAAUGCAUGUACACAGACAUGGACGGGAGAAAAUGAGGUCCCUAUGCACACAUUGUCGAUUGCCAACAACGGAUCAAUGCUUGUGGCCGGCAACAACGAGGGAUAUUGUUUUGUCUGGAACAUGGCUCGUCCAGGCGAAUUGGUACUACAAACACCCGAUCGGGUAUUUCAAGCACAUAAACGCUAUGUAACACGUUUCGUCCUCUCUCCGGAUGCAAAACAUCUUGCAACCUGUUCGGCUGAUGCAACCGUUAAAAUAUGGCGCACUGAACAUUCCUCUUUUUCCGUCGAACGUCAACUCGUUGGUCACCAACGCUGGGUUUGGGACUGUGCUUUUUCUGCCGACUCUGCCUAUCUCGUCACUGCUUCUUCUGAUCAUGUUGCACGCCUCUGGGAACUUAGUUCUGGAGAAACUAUUCGCCAAUAUAACGGACAUCAUAAAGCUGCUGUCUACUGCCUGCAUGGCUUAUCAUCACGUGAUAUUCACGUGAUGACAAUUGUUAUAGAAACAGGUGUUGCUUUGUUUCCAUGGAAACUUCUCUGA